AUGGCAUCCCAAUCUGCUUCGAUUGCCUUGGGGCCCUACUCUGAAAGUUAUCUGAAAACUUUCUACCGUGCUCAAUUUCGUACCACCCCCAAACUUCCUCCUCCCAACACCAAUCUCUCUGGACAUGUAGCAAUCAUUACUGGGGCGAGUGGCGGCCUCGGUCUUCAUGCUGCCCGUCACCUUUUGGGUUUGGGCCUUUCUCACCUCAUAAUGGCGGUUCGUUCGCGGGACAAAGGCCAUAUAGCAAAGGUCUUGCUUCAAGCAGAGUUUCCUCAUGCCCGAAUCGAUGUCUGGAGCGGUCUCGAGAUGACUGAUUAUGGCGCGAUCGAAACAUUCACCAAACGUGUCAAUCAAGACCUACCUCGCGUGGAUAUGGUUGUGCUCAACGCUGGUGUAGCAGGUAUGAAGUUCAGGGUUGGAUCCACUGGCCACGAAGAAAUGGUGCAGGUCAACUUCCUCUCCACCGUGCUACUCUUGAUCCUUCUUCUCCCCGUCCUGAGUGCCAAAUCGAAGGCCUCCGCCACUGGAAAAGCAACACACAUCACCAUGCUUGGCUCCGCACUAUCAUAUAUCGCCGAGAUCCCGAAAAAUAUGGAUGCAUUCAUCUUGGCCUCCCUUGACACACCAAAAUCGUUCAACCAAUCGCGCUACUCGUUAUCAAAAUUUCUCCUCACACUUCUCUUUGUCCGCAUUUCCCAGUUCAUCUCUCCGGAUCGGGACGGGAUUGUGCUGAACUUGAUUGAACCAGGCUAUUGCAAGGGCACCGAGUUGUCUCGUGACGCUCGUGGUGGGAUAAAGUUGCUUGUCAAGGCCUUCGAAGGCAUGUUUGGGCGUAAACCAGAGGACGGUGCAUGGAUGCACGUCUGGGCUGCCGCUAUCACUGGUAGUGAGACCCAUGGCUGCUACCUCCAAGACUGGGAAAUCAGGCCCUUUCCCAAAGUCAUCCACCAAAAGGCCGGGAAGGACUUCACUGACUUGUUAUGGACACAAACGAUGAAGGAGCUCAAUUUUGCGCGCGUUCAGGACAUCUUGGAACAAUUCCAAACUCGCUGA